AUGGUUGAGCUGAUACCUCCUCCUGAUCCCCUCUCUUUACUCCCUCCCUUGCUCGCAUGUCUACCUACCUCCUUCGCGUCUCCUAGACCACCACCCGCACUGCUACCUUUGCUGUCGCCCAUACUCCGGCAGCGGUUACAAGUACACACGUCGACAUCGUCACGCGACAACUGGGCUGCACUGUUGUGCUGGGAUGCAAACAAAGGCGAGGUGCUGAAGGACAAGAUCGAAGGCGCAGUCUUCGAACCUCACCCAGCGUCCGGUGAGAUUGAGGUUGGCGACACACAACAGAUAAAAUACAAGAGAUUUGACGAAGAAACAUUACGGGCCCAAAUUGCCCUAGAGGAAUGGCCGUUUACCGCCUUGUACCUGUGGUGCACCGGUAGUGAUGAGGGAAACGCCUGGAAGCUGGCCGAGUUAUUACCAUAUGACCAAGACCUUUACAAAGACCCUUCAUGGUCAACUUCUAUUGCCGAAGCAAAUGAGAGCUCUAAGGAGCGGCUCGUGAACGAGGCUUUGCAGGAAGCCGACGACGCUGCAAACGCAAGAAGUCAGAGAAACCUCUCGGUCCCACUAGCCAACGAGGACGACUAUUGGGCUAUGUAUGACAACACACCAAGCAGGACCCCUGUGAGAAAAGAAUCGGUCCAGCCUCCACGAGCAGGUCCUUCCGAGGACGACUACUACGCUCGAUAUGGAAGUGUCCAGCCGGCAAUGGAUAAUCAUGACCCAGACGAGCAAAUGGAAGACAGCCAGGAGCCUCGUUUGAACGGGCAUGCGCUGCAGCAGAUGCUGUCGGCACACCAGCAACCACAUACAGAGCCGACUCCGCCUCCAUACCAAGGAGGAUUUGUGGAUGUUCCGAAUGACCCAGAGGAUCUGGAAGUUGAGGUCAACCAUCCCGUGCCCUCGUCACCAUCUUCAAAGGGAUCCGACACGGUGGCCCGGCUGGAAGAGCAUGCAGAGCGAUACGGAGCAUCAGAGAUCGGAAUCAGGCAGCAUAUCAGCACCAGCAUGAAAAGCAUGUACCGGUUGGCACGUAGUGCGGGAAUCACCCGGGGGGAGUUUGAGCGGAUGAUGCAAAGGGAAUUGGAAACUCUAAGCCUUCUGGAUCUAGACGAGUGA